GUGACCGCGGCUUUGAUUGAGUAUGUGGAAAGUUUCCAGAAAUGCACCGCAGCUCCCUUCACGAUCGUGGCGAACAUGAACUGCCUGGGUCGCAAUUGAAUUCACCGGCCGUACCAUCUUUAGUCCCCGGUUUAGUGUAGGAUUUUCUGGUUCAGUAUUUGGACUGUUGUUUUCAUUUCAAGGCUUCAAGAGUCAAAGUCUUGAUUGUACUUCGCUUCACGUGACAUUGUCCCUGUUCACACAUUUCUUUCCUCAUUUUCACGAAUUUCAUUGAAGCGACUCACUCACAUCUUCUCCCUAUAUCCAAAAGUUCGAUCAUUGUCAUGGGUCUCAAUAUCAUUGUUGUUGGGGCUGGUCUCGCUGGUCUUACAGCGGCGAUCUCGCUUCGCCAAGCAGGACACAACGUCCGGAUCUUCGAGAAGUCCAAAUUCGCUGCAGAAGUCGGAGCCGCUCUUGGACUCACUCCAAAUGGCGCACAAGUUCUCAAGCCCCUCGGCUUCUCCUUCGAACGAGCUCGAGCUCGCUCAAUCCGCAUCUGGGACAUCACUGAUGGCGUCACUCUAACUGUUCUUAACAGUAUGGAUCUGACCGAGUCUGCGAAGAAAUUUGGUCUCGAGACCUUCGCUGUACAUCGUGUUGAUAUGCACAACGAACUUCUCCGCCUAGCUCUCGAGCCUGAAGGAGACCUCAAACCCGUUGAGCUCAAACUUUCCUCAAAAGUAGUAGAUGGUAGCGCGGCGGAAGGCUGGAUUCAACUUGAAGAUGGCUCUAAGCACUUCGCUGAUCUGAUCGUUGGUGCUGAUGGCAUCCAUUCCGUGAUUAAGCCAAUGGUUAUUGGUCGUGAUCAAGUCAAGCCAAAGUCGACAGGUCUCAGCGCAUUCAGAUUCUUGGUUCCGACUGAGAGGUUGAAGAACAAUCCUGAGUUUGAGGCACUGAUGAAGUGGAAAACUCCUGGUGCCAGUACUUUGGCUGAUCCCAAAGACCCCUGCCCUGAGAGACAUAUGAUGUGGUAUGAGUGUCAGGACGGACACGUGCAAAACUUCGUUGGAGUCCAUCCCUCUCGUGAGAUCCCCGUCGCAGAAGACGGAACUCAAGACUUCAAGGCAGCAAUGCUGGAAGACUUCUCCGCUUACCACUUAGACAUCAAGAAAGUAAUCAGUAUUGCUGACAACGUCUCCUGCUGGCCACUCAAUAUUCACGACCCAUUGAAGACCUGGGUCAACGGAAAGAUGGUGUUGAUUGGAGACGCUGCUCACCCUAUGCUCCCCUUCGGCGGCCAAGGCGCAAACCAAGCCAUCGAAGAUGCCGGCGCAUUAGGCUACCUCCUAACUGGCAUCACCUCCACCGACGAUCUCCCCUCCCGUCUCUCCGCAUUUGAAAAAGUGCGCAUAAAGCGCGCAUCUCUGAUUCAGACGUUGUCAAAGGUCAGAGUCGGUAAGGAGAAGGAGAUCGAGGACGAAGUUAAAGCUUUUGCAGAGCCGGAGCAGAAGGUCCCUAGUUCGUUUGCCGAGAGGACGGCGCAUGCUUUUGGACACAAUGUACUGAAGGAAAGUGGGAGGGUUUUGCAGGGAAUGGCUUAAUCGAUCGGUUUGUUUUGGAUAGAGCGUAAGCUGG